AUGUUUAACGACCCUGCUCGCGCGAGUUCUCCAUCUUUGAGGACCACACUGCUCAGCAUUCAAAGAGAAAAACCCCCCUCGAGGCCGCCCAUGUGCUCCAGGACCGGAGGCCGGCCGCCAUUUGUUCAUGGCCAUGGGAAGGAUAUUGAACACGUACCGGCCGCGGUAGUCGUUAAACAGACCCCGCAAACAGCGUCAUUCAAGUUCAAUCUCAACAGCACCAUCAUUUGUGAGUGCUAUUUUGUCCCUUUUGAGGACGACAUCACCGUAGCCAAUUCAGGCCCAGGCUCUUUGGAGUACGGUCGACUCUUCGGCGGCAGAUUGAGCCACUGGAGAAUCUCGCACGAGCUUGAGUACAUUGACAUACGAAUACUGCCAAAGACUUACGACUUGACCUUCGAGGCUCCAACGCCGACCGUCAACAAGUCCGAAAAUUCGACAACAGCUCCGUCCGGGUUAAAGCGGAAGUUUGACGAGUUUUUGGGCAAGACCAGGACAACAGCCCCCAACAAGCGCAGGCGCAACACCAGCGAUGCCUUUGUAUCAGCCUCGUCAAGCCAGGAGUACGACUCGCAACAACGCCCAGCGAAGGCACCGAAGGCACCGAGUCAUGGCCAGCCAGCAGAAGAUUGUGGCAGCACCGCCGUCGUGGGUAGCACCCAGAUAACUCUCGCAUACAACAGAUCAGAACCUCCACGCCCAUUCAGGCUGACAAUAAGACCGCGCCAUUCUAUGCCUGGCCAAGUCACGGCGUCCACGCGCAAGUCAUCUGUCGGGAACAAACUUCCGUCAGAAUCAUACUCGGUAUCAAAUGUCACAUCUAUCCCCUCGCUGGGACGGUCAACGUUCACGUACAGGUGUGAGCACCAGAGGAGAGGCGGAAUUGUUGCCCUGAGGGUACCGCGAGAUGUUAUGUCUAAGGAUGCAAUCCCUAAAUUGGCGGCUGAAUGGAAGGCGCUGAGUGACGACGUACUGUCGCGGCUGCGAAGUAUAGUUCCGCAAGUAGAACAAAGCGUCGACGAAAACGAAGUCCUUAGCAUCGACGAGAUCGUGGCUAGUCCUACCGCGGGAGAGAACCAGUCCACAGGCAGUCAUUCGCCUAUUGUACGGCCAGGGCGACGGGAUGAAGUUGGAGAAGAUGCUGAAAAGCUCCAGGCACCGGACCCAAACUUUUGCUAG